CAUAAGUGUUUCACACAUUGUUUGGCCAUUUUUGGGAAUGGAAAAUCAAAAUUCAAAAUUUUUAACCGAGCCUAUGGAUGCUAAUAACAGUCAUGAAUUUGGUACAGAGAAUCAAUUGAGUCUAGAAGUAAAUCCUUUUAUUGGCUUGUUUCGUAGGGACGUGUGUGUAAUUAAACCAAGCCCAUCCCAAAAUUUGGAAACUGAUUUACCCAGUUCGAAGGAAUUUGAAGAAAAGUUACCUAACAGCAAUCAGUCAAACUCAAAACAGUUGCAAGAAAUUGGUUCCGAAGAUACUGACAUCGAGAAAAACAAAUGCAAUGAAAAUAAGGAACAGUAUUUGGACGUGAGUGAAAAUACAGAACAGUCUAUAGAUGACGGUCUUCACGAUUCGGGCCUAUUGACUGGUACUGUAGCAGAUAUGAAGAACGACAAAAUGAGUAAAAAUAACGAACAGUCUAUACAGGACGAUCUCCAUGAAACCACUUUGAUUGACGGUCUACACGGAAAUACUACUCCAGAUAUGAAGAAAAAGUUAAAUGAAAAUAAAAAACAGGCUAUAGUUGAUAGAUUUCUAAAUAGCGGUAAUGGGGAUCAUUCCGCUUUAUGCAAAGAUCAAAAUAGCGAUAUAUCUGAUGUUGAAUGUGAUUCACAUAUAUCACCAGAUACACGAAAAUUGGAAUGUUUUGAGUCUAACCAGACACUUAUUAGUGUAGAAGGAAAUAAUAUUAAAAACAAGAUAUUAGCUUGGGAGAAAUUAUCCAAAACAGGAAUAUCUAAGUAUUCAGAGAUGUCCGAGUUUAGUGCAUUUGGAGAGAGCCACUCAAAUCCUGAGAUUGAAAAGAAUUGCAUGAAAAUGAAAAAAUCUAAUGUGAAAAAGACAAUUAAGCAAACUAGUUCAAUAAGUGUUGAUCCAGAAAGUUUUAUACCAGAUGCGAGCGAAGAAACUAAAAUCCGUGCGGGAUUCGCAGUAAGGCCAGUCUCGCCUAAAAUUGCGAAUCUUCAGGCUACCAUUUUACAGAAGCUCAAAUAAGACUCAUAAUUUCAAUAUUCAGUAGUUCUGGAGGUUCGCAAAAUAUUAAGAACUGAUGUCAUCUUGAAACAUGAAAGCUCGUAUAUGAGAUAACUACCAGCUUUGGCAAAAAAACACAAGGCAAGAAAAGGACGUCAACGAUCUAAUGAGUAGAACAGCAAUUCCAGAUUCGCAAUAUCAAAAUUGCGUUUUCCAUAUAUAAAUAUGCAGUCUAUAUACUUCUAAGUAAGUGGUUAAACUGAAGUUAUAAUACCACUGGAACUUAUGUUGCUCAACUUAUAACAAAUAACAUAAAAUGUAGCACUUUAUUUCCAUAAAAGUUACUCAAGAAUGGAAAAUAAUGGCCCUGAACAAUAAAAAAAAAUUUUCCCUAAAGAUAUCAGAUGGACAUUGAAAAUGGAUACGUAGAGAGUCUGUCUUUUGAAAAUGCAGCAAUAAAAUUAAAGCAAGUUUUUCUGGUUCUAGCAAAUUGAACGAUCGAUCUGAAAUAUAUGUAAGCCAUGUGAAAACCUUGAACCUAUACGAAAGAUGUAAAUAGUGCAGGAGAAUAUCAGUCAAUCAAAGGAACUCUACUUGUUCGCUGAGAUGAACAUAAAGUUGAUGGAAUCGAGCAGUAAAACUACUCCUACAAAAGUCAAGAAAAUUUAAGGCAACACAAUAUUUCAUAGGUACUGCUUAUGGAUGGAACAAAAUUGUUAGAAACUUCUUCACCAAUGACCGUAUUGCAGUGUUCGAGAACGUUCAGUAUUUUACCUAUAUGAUUGUGAUAGUUAAUAAUGGCACUAAAAUGCUAUAAUACUGGUAUUAAUUUAUUCUAAAGAAAAAUUCUUUAAAACUACAGAUGUGGAAUUCCUCCUCUUCGUAAAGAUGAAAUAAUGUAACACCGAAGACACGUCACAACACAAGUACAGUUUCUGAAGCUAAAGUAUCUUACCAACGUCUAUUAGUUAUUAACAAUAUCAUCUGUUUCUCAGUCUUUUCAAAUAACUUAAAUAUUGCUAAAUGUAUGUGUAUAGCACGCCCUAACUCCUGAUGCUGCCUGAUAUGAAUAAUCGCCAAUAUUAGAUGAAAAAUUUGAUCAGGAUUAGAAGAAGUAUAUGGAAGAACACAAUUUGCAAUUAUAUGACAGAAACAAUUUCUGGUUGCAUUUAAUUAAAAAGAAACGUAAACUAGAUUUAUUUGAAAACAUUGCAACUUUAAAUACUGUAAAUACUUAAUUUCAACUAUAAAUCGUCUAAUUUGUAUUAAAAGUAAUCAUGUCGGCUUGUAAAACGAUCUACCACUACUUGAAGAUUUAUUCCUCUAAGCCACAUUCAACCAGAAAAUGAACUUAAGCCAUAAGAAAAUAUAUGCUUACAUUGCAAAGGAUGCUUUAUUUGAUACAAUAGA